UGGCUCGAGAACACUUGUUGGCUGCAAAAUUCUGAUCCUGGGCCUCCACAAUGGUAAGAAACUGCUUGAUUUAGGCUGUGCUGCUGCCCCUGCUUCCAGGGGUUCCAAGGGCCACAAGGCUCCAAGAUGGACAGCAGAUCCUUCCCAGAGUGCUCUCCCGACAGGUUCCUCGCUUGAUCCACCAAGCGAGGCGCCACGCAAGCAAUGGAAAUGCCAAUGCCAAGGCCUUUGAGGAGCUCAUCGUAGACCUUGGAAUCUUCAGCAAGGAGUCGGCACGGCAGCUCAUGGAGUAUGCGUCGAAGGGUCCCAACACGCGCUUCUAUGAGGCGGUUCAAAGAGCGUAUCGGCCCACGGCCAAGCAGGUAGCGGACAUCCUCAAAACGCACGGCAUUGGCCCAGAGGGCCGCAGAUUGACCAACAGCAUCCAGAGAUCCUUCACGGGCCAGGGCUUUGUGGAGCAAGUCACCCGAAGGUCGCAGGUUCCCCCGGCGGAUCUUCUGCUGAACAAGAUAAAAGCGAGGGUGCCCAUGAUCGAGGCGGGCAUUCCAGUGGCCAGAAUCUGGCAGACACCUAUCCCGCAACAUCUGAAGAAACUGGUUCAGGAGGCGGUGCAGGAAGCUUUUUUGGCCGGAAAGUAUGGCACUGGAGAUGCUGCACAAAAGAUCAUGGCGGAGAGUGCCAAGGUCAUUGCGCGCACCGCUGCUGCGGGGCUGUUCAUUGGCAUCGGGGCGGGGGUCCACAACGACAUGGCGGACAUCCUGGAGGAUGGCGACCAGGGUCCAGUGCCUCCAGACGCUCCAGACGCUCCAGUUACGGAAAAGGCAGAGGAGGCCUUGGCAACCUUGAGCGAGGAGCCAAGCGUUGAACACGCUAAAGAUGCGGCGGAAGCUCUGGGCAUGUCUGCGCAGGAGGUCCUAGCGACGACCUUGCAAAAUUUAAUGAGACAGUCUGUGGAAGCUGGCACGUUUGGCACAUUCACUGAGAUCGACGGCUCCGGUGCCGGGUUCCUGUGGCAGCUGCACAAGGACGUGCUGGCGCUGUCAGACGAGGAUCUGGCGAAGGCGACGACGGAGAUCAAUGCCGCGCUGCUGAACGCCCGGAGUUUGAUCGAGACACGCGAGGGACUCCAGGCCAUGAGUGAGGCGGAGGCGGAAGGAGAGCUCGACGUCGAGGAUAUGAACAAUAUCCAUUUGGAGACUGAAGACAUGUCCAAGAUGGAAGAGUUGGAAUAGGUCAAUGGAUUGGGUUAUUUAGAUGUUUACAGUUGGGGGCAAAAAUCUUAAGCAAUUAGUUGAAGGUCUUUGGAUUUCGGAAAAAGGACCGAGUUUUAAAUUCCAUGGUUUAAGCUAGUUGAUGCAAUUUGAAAAUUCGUUGCUGCAAUCGCACGGCUGCGGUGCUGCUGAAAGACAUUUGGGAGAAGCGCAUGGCACAGAGAAUGCAGUUUUAAAUGACCUUUGCCGUGGCGCUAGCGACCCAAGCAGAAUUUGCAGCAGAGCUUCUCGCCAGGACCAAAGCCAAUUAGAGAGAGAGAGAGAGAUGCCUUGCUAGAAAAUAAUAUAGAUGAGUUCCUUGCAGCGCCAAGGCCCUUGGUGAAAA